AUGACGGACGAAGAGACGGUUCUUCCUAUCCCCAACCUCAAGCUGCAGCAGCACCUCUUUCUGCUCGCGCACCACUCCAACCACCUCUCAUCAUCCGCCGUCAAAGCAUCGCAACAAGCUCUGCUCGAAGGAAUAGAAAAGGAUGAGAUGGCACCGUACUACCAACUCAUCCUGAGCGAUGCUUCGCUCAAAGGGCUGUUGAAGGAGGACAAGUCGCUGAUCAAGCGGCUCGAGGCCAAGAACAAGGAAGAGCUGCAGAAGCUGGACGAGAAGCAAAAGGAGGUGGAGGAGAACGAGGGAGAGAUGGAAAUCAACGGUGUGCUGCGACAGAGGGCUGCGUACUAUGCCAAGAUCGGGGACAAGGAGAAGGCGCUAGAGGCGCACAACUUGGCCGUGUCGAAGGGUGCAGGGCUCGGGUCCAAGUUGGAUUUGACGCUGACCAAGAUUCGCAUCGGACUGUUCUUUGGCGACACGGAUGUGGUGACUGCAUCGAUCGCCGAGGCGAAGAAGCUGGUGGAGGAGGGAGGUGAUUGGGAGCGUCGAAACCGACUCAAAGUGUACGAGGGCUUGCAUCUGCUCUCGAUCCGCGACUUUAAAGCGGGCGGUCAACUCUUCCUCGACGCACUCAGCACGUUCACAGCAACCGAACUGAUCGACUACAACGACUUUGUCACCUUGACCGUCCUCGCCAACGCCCUUACGCUCAAACGUACCGACCUGAAGAAGAAGAUCAUCGACUCGCCCGAAGUGCUGCAGGUGAUCGACGACAUCCCGCACCUGCGCGCCUUUGUCACGAGCCUGUACGCGUGCGAGUACGGCAACUUCUUCCGCGCACUCGCCGAGGUCGAACAGACGCACAUCCUGAGCUCGCGUGCGCUGCACCAGCACGCGCGGUACUACGUCCGGGAGAUGCGCAUCAUCGCCUACUCGCAGCUGCUGGAGAGCUACCAGUCGCUGUCGAUCGACAACAUGGCCACGGCGUUCGGCGUUUCGGGCGAGUUCAUCGACAGCGAGCUCUCGAGGUUUAUUUCCAUCGGAAGGCUGCCCGCCGUGAUCGACAAGGUGCACGGCGUGGUCGAGACCCGAAGACCCGACCACAAGAAUGCGCAGUAUACCAAGAUCAUCAAGGAAGGCGAUGUUUUGCUCAGUAAGUGUUGCGAGAAGUGGGUACGAUGA